AUGAACAGCAAAAAUUGCACUAUGGGGUCGGACCAUCCGAUUAAUAGCACUUUGCCUACUACGUUAGCAAUAGUAGUAGUCUUGAAAAAAAAAGAUCGGAAGAUUCGGAAACGGAAUCCACAUAUUAACGAAUCUGAAGAGAUAAUCUUUGAUGUACGUUGCAUCUUUCAACCAAAGCUUAAUGGUUUCUUCUGGAAAUGUUGGAAUAGAUCUCAGACGGAACGUUCUGUCAAUCGGGGAAGGUUUUUGGUGACAAGACCUGGAGAUAUCAGAAGUGAGAAUGCUGACAUGAGUAACGAUAAAUCCUGUGAAAAACACGAUCGCCUGCCAGUGGAAGAACCAUGCCUGUCUGUUGGAGCGAAUUGGAUGAUCGGGCUGAAUGUACAAGUGCUUAAGGUAAAGAAUCGAUUAAAGGUGACAGGCUCAUGUACCCGAUCCGUUGCUUUAACCCGAAACACAAAAUUACUUCUUCGGUUCUUCCUUUUCUUCUGUCCUAAAUUUGUGUUGUACGGCAACCCUCUUUCUAUCUCCUUCGCUCUCCCUGAAUUUCUGUCUCACAUCGUCGGAGACGAAACGGGAUCUAGGGUUCAACCAGUCUCCGCCCGCCGUGCAAUCGGUCAAUCCAUCUUAUCCAAAAGCCAUAAGAAUGCAAGACCUGAUACAGUGAAGUCUUCUUCUCAGCCUUCCAAACCUUCUCCUAAACCAAGCAAUGAUGAGGUGGAUUCUGAAGAUGAUAAACCACUAAGUUUUAGAAUUUCAACUGUAUCAAAGGGAGACACCAAUCAUGCUAAAAAAGGGCCAGGUAUAAGUGUGUCCCCACUUCCAAAACCAUCAGUAAAAGAUGAAGAGUCUGAUGAUGAGAAACCAUUGUCUUCAAAAUAUAAUUCCAAAUCCAAAGUGGGAUCAUCUAAUAAUCAUAAACCAGUGGUUCCCAAAGUUCAUCAAAAUGGUUCUGCAUCGAAGGAUAAUACUCAAUUGAAGAAUAUUGGGUUGAAUAAGAGACCACCAGAUGAGGAAAGAUCUGCUUCUGUUAAAAAGCCAAAGCUUUCUGAUUCUGUAACACCUGUCAACCACAAACCAGUAGCUUUGAAAGCAGAAAUUAAGUCAGAUGAUGAUGAUGAUGAUGAUGAUGAUGACUAUGAUGAUGUUCCCAUAGCGCAAAGAAUAAAGAAACAAGCUGCAUCAAGUAGUAAUAAAUCUUCAUCUGACAAACAAAAGGUGAUGAAAAAGAGUUCUUCAUCUUUAAACCAAACCAACAAGAAGUCAAAGAAGAUGAUGAAACAGAAACAAUCAAAGUAUUCUAAGCCCUCAAAGAUCCCCCCUGGUUCUGGUGAAGGGCAGAAAUGGACAAGUUUAGUUCAUAAUGGUGUAAUUUUCCCACCUGAAUACAAGCCUCAUGGGGUUAAGAUGCUAUACAAAGGGAAGCCUGUUGAUUUGACUCCUGAACAAGAGGAGGUUGCAACAAUGUUUUCAGUGAUGUUAGACACAGAUUACAUGGCAAAACCUCAGUUCAAAGAGAAUUUCUGGGGUGACUGGAGAAAGAUAUUGGGAAAAAACCACACAAUCCAGAAUUUGGAAAACUGUGAUUUCAAACCAAUAUAUGAGUGGCAUCAGGCUCAAAAAGAGAAGAAGAAGCUAAUGACAACAGAAGAAAAGAAGGCGAUAAAAGAGGAGAAAAUGAAGAUAGAAGAGAAAUAUAUGUGGGCAAUCGUUGAUGGUGUCAAAGAAAAGGUUGGUAAUUUCAGAGUUGAGCCACCUGGGCUAUUCCGUGGGCGGGGGGAGCAUCCAAAGAUGGGAAAGCUGAAAAAACGAAUCCAUCCAAGUGAUAUUACCAUAAACAUUGGAAAGGAUGCUCCAAUUCCAGAAUGUCCAAUUCCUGGUGAAAGGUGGAAGGAAAUCAGGCAUGAUAAUACUGUGACAUGGUUAGCAUAUUGGAAUGAUCCAAUCAAUUCAAAGGAAUUCAAGUAUGUGUUUUUAGCUGCUAGCAGUUCCUUGAAGGGUCAAAGUGAUAAGGAAAAAUACGAGAAGGCUAGGAAGCUGAAGGGGUAUAUAGAAGGCAUAAGGAAGGCUUACACUAAAGAUUUUGGAAAUUCGGAUGUCACAAAGAAGCAAGUGGCAGUGGCUACGUAUCUCAUUGAUAAACUAGCUCUCAGGGCAGGGAAUGAGAAGGAUGAUGAUGAAGCUGAUACAGUAGGCUGCUGCACAUUGAAAGUGGAAAACGUGGAGCCUGAGCCUCCAAAUAUCCUAAAGUUUGACUUUCUUGGUAAAGAUUCUAUAAGAUACCAGAAUGAGGUUGAAGUGGAGCUUCCUGUCUUCAAAGCAAUCCAACAGUUCCGAACAGGUAAAGCGGGAAAUGAUGAUCUGUUUGACAAGCUGGAUACAAGUAAAUUAAAUGCUCAUCUCAAGGAGCUAAUGCCUGGUCUUACUGCUAAAGUUUUCCGUACUUAUAAUGCAUCCAUCACUUUGGAUGAUAUGUUGACAAGGGAAACCAAGGGUGGAGAUGUUGCUCAAAAUCUAGUCGUUUACCAACAUGCAAAUAAGGAGGUUGCAAUCAUAUGUAACCAUCAACGUACUGUUUCAAAGUCUCAUAGUGCACAGAUGACAAGGUUGAAUGAGAAAAUAGAUGAAUUAAAGGGUGUUAUAAAAGAAUUGGAAAGUGAUUUGGGUCGUGUAAAGAAAGGGAAGCCUCCAUCAAAUAAAAAUGGUCCUGAUGGAAAACCAAAGAGGAACUUGAACCCCGAAGCGUUAGAGAAGAAAAUAGCUCAAACUAAUGCAAAAAUUGAGAAAAUGGAACGCGAUAAAGAGACCAAGGAAGAUUUGAAAACAGUAGCAUUGGGCACUUCAAAAAUAAACUAUCUUGACCCAAGAAUAACUGUUGCAUGGUGUAAGCGACAUGAAGUUCCCAUUGAGAAGCUUUUUAACAAGUCUUUACUAGCAAAGUUUGCGUGGUCAAUGGACGUGGAUCCCAGUUUCAGAUUCUGAUUUUGACAGUUUAUAAAAAUUAACAAAAAAGAGGUCACAAAAAUGAUCUGCGACCUUUUCUUACAUUUUUUUUAGUUUCAUUUUUAGCGACUGACUAUUGACGACGAUAGUUUAUGUUGUAUUACCCGUAUUUUAAGUCAAUUCAAUGAUGAGUUGCUUUCUCUAAUCCCCUGUGGCCAACUUUCUGUUUUUCAUUUUAUUCUUAAGCAUGCAUGCCUUAUGCAAGAUGUAGUUUCAUUUAUCAGUUUAUUAUAGCAUUCUACCUUUAUUUCAUUCUAUUACAACAUUCUACUUAUUGUGUUUUAAAAAAUCUAUCCAAUUAUAUAGUGUUGUGCUUUUAAUUUUCAAUUUAGUUUUUGAAAAAUCUAUCAAUGAAGGUAGAUAUUUCUAGGUACAAUGAUGUAAUGGAUGAAAUGGUAAACAAAUAGAUGGGACUUCAUUGCUCUUUUUUGUAUUUAUUCUUGUCUUGAUUGUUGGUCAUUUUGGUGGAAUUUUGCUAUAGAAU